AUGGAAGAAGCGUUGGCAGACUUUUUAGCUGCAUAUGAGCUCAAACCAGAAUGGAUUGAGAAUCUCGUCUGGCUCAUACGGACUUAUUUGGCUUUAAAUGAUAAGGCAAAUGCUAAGAAGUACAUCAACAAGCUUUUGGUGCUGACUCCGGCCAAUGAGGAUGAACGAGAUAAAGUGAACGAAGCCAAGAAAUUGCUGGCAAAAUGCUAA